CCUUCCCACUGCCCUUCUCUAAAUGAGCAACCCCUGCAGAGUACCAUCCCUCCCCACCCCCUCCCCUUAGCAAAUACUGAGCACUGGCUGAGUGGCAGGCGCUGUGCCAGGUGCUUGGGGACACCUCAAUGAACAAAAGAGACCAUAAUUUUGCCCUCUGAAGGCUGAUAUUCUCCCUGGGGGAGACAGACCAUAUACACUGAUUAUAAGCUGGUCCCCACCUGUGUCUCCUGUAGAAAAAUCUCUGUCCUCACCUUCUAAAACAUGUCACUUCACUUUCCAGGGGUACCCCGCUUUCUUGGCGCCCUGAAACUACUUCCUUGGCCACUGGUCUCUGAGCAUGUGUUUCCUCACUGGUCACAUGGAGACGGCCUUGGUAAGAACUCACAGAAGAUUGGCAUGAGAACUGCAGAGUCCUGGGCACAGCCCCAGAGAUUCUCAGUCAGCGUGUCUGGGUUGGGCCCAGCAGUCUGCCCUCGGUCCCCUGGGUGAUUCUGAGCAACUGCACAUGGAGAGCACUGGACCAGAUGAUGAGUGUGAAGGGAGGGUGCUCUCUGCAUGUCAGCUGUGCUGAUGCUGCACGGGGAGCACUGUGCUGGAGUCAUUGGAACCUCUGACCUGGUGAGCCAGCUCUGAUCAUGCUGGGGUGUCCACGAGAGUGCCGUCCUCCGUCUCCUGCUCUGGGGAACCGGACUGAUUCAUGGUCCCAGUUGCUGCCCUUCUGAAUCUCCUCUCGUCUUUGUGCAGAGACCGUCCCCAGCUAGUGACUGAGCCAGGUGGGGCUGCUAACACAGCUCCUUCUCGUAAGAGACGGGCUGCUAUUUAGCCUGAGACUUCAGCUGAGGCUUCCCCAUGGCUUUGGCCAGGACAUUCUAGGAACCGGUGGUAUUCCGGGACUUCCUGUGCAGCCCUCUUUCUUCACAGAUGCCAGCCCUCCAUCACCUGCAGGGUCUCAGGGUCCUCGCUGCCAUCUUCUAGUCUUCACAAGUGUUAGCCCCGAUAAAUCUCUCACACAGCUAGUCCCACCCUGGCUUCUUUUCUCUGAGGACCUGGAGCUCUACACCUGGCUGGGUCUCUGACACCAGUAGUGCCCUGUCUGCUGCCGCUCUCCUUCCUGAUGGUUGCAGCGCCCGAGCAGUGGGAUCACACACACGAGGGGAGGCGAAGGCUGGCCCCUCCAAAAUAAUUUUAUCCCCGUCUUGGGUGGCCCUGGCACAGACUGUUGGUGCAGAGGUUCAGGGCAUGGCCUCUGGUGCUAGCUUGUCCUGCUUCAAACCCCAACUCUGCAUGAGCUCGUGCAGGGUAUAAGCGCUCUGUGCCCUGAAGCUGUAGAUAGUAGUCCCUUCACAGAACUGUGGUCCAGAACGUUCCAUGCUGCCCUGUUGGCGGGUUCUCAGCCUCACAGCAGCGUGCUGCAAUUCCACGAGUGCUGGGCAAGUACCGUGCCUCCCCCUUUCCCUGAGCUGUCCGGAGCGAGCACUCUGUGGUUUCUGCUGCUCCUUUGAAUGAAGAGGCCAAGUGGUACACUGGAAACACCCUGGUUGCAGGCCAGCUCUGCCACUUCCAGCAGCACCGUCUCCUCUCCAUAGGUCGUUUUCGUUCUCUAUUUCUUGGUUCCUUUAUCUGUGAAUUCAAGAAGCUGAACAUCCCUUCUUAGAGGCUGGACUUAUUUGUAGCCUCAAGAUUCUAUUAAGGAUAGUACUCUCAAGAGGCCAGUUUCAUCUUCUUUCAUUUUUCCUGGUAAAUGUACACUAAACACAUAUUGUUGACUCAGCUCUAUGCUGGGCACUGGGGACUGAAAAAUGAAAACAGAAGGUCUUUGCCCUCAAGCUGUUCAGAGUCCUUCUAGGGGAAUAAACAUAUCCACAGAUGACUCCAGGACAAUGAGGGUUUGUGAUUGCUUAGAGAUGAAAGACUUCUGCCUUGGGUUUUACUAACAUUUUAUAAUGGGAAGUGGGAGAGGUGCAGGAAAUUGUUUCCUGAUGAUGUUUGGUUCAGAGAGGAAGGACAAUGUGUUUCAAUGUCCCUUGCCUUAAAAAAAAAACAAAACUAUUUUCACUGAGAAGAAACAGAAAAACUGGGUAAGUUAAACAAAGAGGGAGAGUUUUCUUUUACAGGUCAUGAGGCCAGUUAAUGAUCAGUGAGACCCAAGUGGGUGUUUGGUGAGAGGCUGGGUUAUGCAAUCUCUUCGUCAUUAGGGAUCAGUUCUACCCCAGCUCUGAGACUUCCAGCUCAGUGAUGCCCCCAGACUUCUGGGAGAGAUGCUUCUGGUUGUGGGGUCUCCUUUUGUGGCUCAGUGUUGGAAGUACAGGGGAUGCACCUCCUACCCCACAGACGAAUUGUGCUGACUUCCAGAAUGCCAAUCUCCUCCGAGGCACCAAUCUCAAAGUCCAGUUUCUCCUCUUCACUCCUUCAGAUCCCAGCUGUGGGCAGCUAGUGGAAGAAAGUAGUGACAUCCAAAACUCUGGGUUCAAUGCCACUCUAGGAACCAAGCUAGUUAUCCAUGGAUUCAGGGCUUUAGGAACAAAGCCUUCCUGGAUUGAUAGAUUCAUCGGUGCCCUUCUGCGGGCAGCAGAUGCUAACGUAAUUGCUGUGGACUGGGUGUAUGGCUCCACAGCGGCCUAUUUCUCAGCUGUGGAAAAUGUGAUUAAGCUGGGACUUGAGAUCUCCCGUUUCCUCCGUAAACUCCUGGCGCUGGGUGUGUCAGAGUCCUCAAUCCACAUCAUUGGCAUCAGCCUGGGGGCCCAUGUAGGGGGCAUGGUAGGACAUUUCUACAAUGGCCAGCUGGGACGGAUCACAGGCCUGGACCCUGCUGGACCGGAGUACACCAGAGCCAGCCUGGAGGAGCGUCUGGACCCUGGGGAUGCCCUCUUCGUGGAAGCCAUCCACACAGACACGGACAAUUUGGGCAUUCGGAUUCCUGUCGGACACGUGGACUACUUCAUCAAUGGAGGCCAAGACCAGCCUGGCUGUCCCACUUCCAUUUAUGCAGGCUACAGUUAUCUGAUCUGUGAUCACAUGAGGGCUGUACACCUCUACAUCAGCGCUCUGGAGAACUCCUGUCCACUGAUGGCCUUCCCUUGCACAAACUACAAGGACUUCCUUGCUGGACAGUGUCUGGAUUGUUUCAACCCUUUUCUUCUUUCCUGUCCAAGAAUCGGGCUGGUAGAACAAGGUGGUGUCAAGAUAGAGCCACUUCCCAAGGAGGUGAAGGUCUACCUGAUGACCACUUCCAUGGCUCCGUAUUGUGUGCAUCACAGCGUUGUGGAGUUUCACUUGCAGGAGCCAAGAAACAAGGACACCGGCAUCACAGUCACUUUCCUUAGCAGCAGUGGCACCUCCCUGGUCAAGGUUACCAUACCUAGUCAGCAGCGUGUCGGAAAAGGAGUCCUAGCUCACCCCAGCCCUCAGUGCCAGAUAAACCAGGUGAAACUCAAGCUUCAGGCUUCCCACCGGGUUUGGAAAAAAGACCAGACGACCAUCAUCGGGAGGUUCUGCACUGCUCCUCUGCCUGUCAAUGACAAAUCUGGAGCUCCUUCAGGGCAGAGACUAUGAGUGAUUCAUCCAGCAAAGCAGGUGGUAUCAAGAAUAGUGUUUGAUAGCAGUGGAUAUUUAGUAAGUAUUAAUGGGAUAAAAGAAUACUUACUAUCCUCUCCUUAGAGCAAAUCUGAGUAUAUGUCAGGCUUUAUUCCUGAGUAUAUGAAGUUGUAAUCCAGAGAUUUUUUUUUAACACAUGUGUGGAUCUCUAGCAUAGGAGUAUUGUAAGAGGUUCACAAAUCCAUAUCAUGUCAAUAAUUUUAUGGAGACUGAAUAAAUACAAUACUUUGUACAUACGUGUAUGCAACACUGUUUCAAACAGAUAAAGGUACUAUUUUGGUUAAUUUUUUCAAUCUAUAAAUUUAUCUAUAACCCUUAUUGGAAUCCAAAUGUCUUUUGCCAUUACAUAUGACAUUAGAUAAUAAAAACACAACUUCUAUGACAUUAAAGUCUGAUCCUUUCAAAAACAAACACACAUUAAAAGAGGUCCCCAGGACUUCCCUGGUAGCACAGUGGCUAUGAACCUGCCUGGCAAUGCAGGAGACAUAGGUUCAAUCCCCGGUUUGGGAAGAUUCCACAUGCCACAAUUUCUGAAGCCUGUGCACCUAAAGCCUGUGCUCUGCAACAAGAGAAGUCAACGCAAUGAGAAGCCUGCACAUAGGAAUGAAGAGUAGCCUCCAUUUGCCACAGUUAGAGAAAGCCAUGCAGAAGCACAGUCACAAAUUUUUUUUUAAAGAGGUCUCCAUCCCAAGGAACCUCUGUUAUGUACAACGUGUAACAACAUCCCUGCCUGGGCUGGCCACCAGCUUGCGGGGGGGGGGGGGGGGUGGGGGGGGGGGGGGCUACCCUCCAGGUAAUGUUUUUUAGUCUCAAUUUACAAUGUACAAUGAGCUUUUCUGUUGUUUGUGUAUUGCUUCAUCCACUCCCUACAACAACCCUCAAGGACUGGCAAGAGAGCGGUUGGAUUUCUAAGACUGACAAGAAGCUUCUAUUGUGAAAUUUACAUGGAAGAGACAGAAAUCCAACAAGAAAGAAAAUAAAUGCACAGUAUAAUUUUAGAAAAAAAAUGAGAAAAGAACAGAAGAGCUCUAUAGAACACACUGAGGUGUUCUACAAAGCACAUAACUGGAAUCCUAAAAGGUGAGGAAAGAGGAAAUGGGGCUCUGAAGAUGACAAGAAGGCAACAGGACAGAAGGUUAUGGUGAGGUGAGGCAGGUGUCUUAGCUGGGAUGGUGACAUUGAGCUGAGAACUGGAUGACCAGAAGUAGUAGCCAGGAGAAACUAUGAUUGAAAGCAUUGCAGAGAGAAAGAAAAAUGGCAAAGAUCCUCAUGUAGAAAGGAGCUGGGUGUGAGUGAGGAGCACCCAAAAGUCUACUGUGGCUGAAACAUGAAUGAGAAAGAGAGCGGAACGAAGCAUGGCUGGAGAGACAGGCAGGCAGGUGGGGCCUUAGGGGUCAUAAGUGGCUAAAAGAGUAGCAUUCAUCAGGUAUUUUUUUUACUUUCCCAUGUUUCACAGUUACUUUAAUCAGCAAAGCACAGAGUUGAUUAUUAAGUAGGUCCAUGUGACUAGCUCUAGUCAAUGGACUGAGGGCAGAGGGACUUGUGUCAUUUUGGGGCCAAAGCAUCAAAGAGCCAGUACAGAAACAUCAAGCCAUUUCUUUCUUCAGUGGACAGAGCCAGAAGAUCUAAGUAGGUUGAAUCACUGAGUUGCAAUAUGAAGACAGUUGCCCUGAUGAGUCAUACAGAUUCUCAGUAGACUUUAAGAGCAAUAAAUCUGUAUGAUAUUAAGUCAUAUUAGGCUGAUUCUGACUAAUAACACAUGGUAAGAAGUUUAGAUUUUAUUCUAAAUGUAAUAGGAAGUAAUUUGAAAUUUUUAGCAAGAGAGUGAAUACAUCAUACAUACGUUAAAAUGAUCACUUUUUGUAGAAUUGAUUAUGGGGAGGACAGACAGAAAUCAGGAGCCAGUUAUAAAACUAUUAAAGUUCAUCUAGCCAUGAAAUAAUGUUAGCUUGAAUUUCGUGGGAGCAGUGGACAUGGUGAGUUGAAUUGGGGAUAUAUUUUGAAGAAAGAACUAACAAGACAGGAGAAUUUCCUGAGUAGUUAGACUCAGUGCAUUCACUGCCAGGGGCCAGGAUUCGAUCUCUGGUUGGGGAACUAAGAUCCGGCAAGCUGUGUGGCACAGUCAAAACAAACUAACAAAACUGAUGGAAAGACUCCAAGGUUUGGGGCCUGGGCAACUGAAUAGGGAGAGAACAAAGAGUUAUAAAACUUGUUUUGGUUUAAAGAUCUCUUUCAAAAGGACAAGG